UAGCAACAAGUCCUGCCUCUGCCCUGGGAAGAACUAGAAGAAGCUUUUUUUUCGGUCCUAACUUUUGUGUGUGCGUGUGUGUGUGUGUGUGUGUGAGAGAGAGAGAGUCGGGUUCACUUGGAAAGUCGGAGUUUAUCACCGAGAGCAGGUAUCCUGUAAGCCAGCUACCGACGUUUGCGCCCCUAAAAGGAUUAAAAAGCCUGAAAAAUGUCAGCAGCCAUGGAUGUGAGAAGUCACUUUAAGGUGAACGGAUGGUUUGCAGACUGUAAUGACUGCCAACAAGUGCUCGAAGGCUGCGCCCCGUUCAGGAGGGGGUAAAGCUCCACGGGACGUCUAUGACAGGUGCCAGUCCACAUCAACGUGUCCUGCUCUGACUCCCAGUCAGGGCCAGAGCCAGCAGCACCUCCUCUGUGACAGCAGGUAUUUUGACAAGCAGAGCCGGUACGUUAGGACGGACGGCAGAUUCUUGGUACGUGCAGGAUGGAGCAAGACAGCUAGCCUGUGCAGCGGAUCAUCUCUGGCAGGUGACACUGACCCACAAGUCGGCCUCGCCAAAUCAAAGAGCAUUAGCUGCCUGGACAACAGGCUCUCCAUCUAUAAGCCUCCAGGUAAAGGCAAGUCUUGUCAGGACAGUGCGGGUGUCCCAGACCAGAAGGAGAAUCAGGGGGAUCACCCUGCCGGGGGAGGAAUUAAUGGGAGGCAUCUGAACUCGAGCUCACUCCUGGGAGCUUCCCUUAACCAAGGCCACAAGCGUACGCUAUCUCUCACCCAUUCGGGAGCAGGCGUACCUCCCACCACUAUCCGUAAAAAGAUUUCAGAAUGGGAGUGCAGGAGAGUGUCCCUGCCUAGGAUGAGCCUGUGUCUGGAUGAAAGAGGAGGGGAGCGCGUUGGGGGCAGCGAAGGCUGCGCCAGUCUGCUCUCCUCUCCCUGCAGUGAGAAGACUUUUGACUUUAAGGGAGUCCGGAGGAUGAGCACUGCCUUCUCUGAAUGCUCCUACACUGGGAAUGAGGAAGAGGAGGGUUUUUCAGAAAAAGACGGCCUGGGUCGCUUCCAGAAAAGGAAAGGCAAGACGGAUCUCUCUGGGCCGUUUUUACGGUCCCUGUCUGCUCGUAAAGAGACAUCCGCGGUUCUCAACAGGAUACAAAAGAUAGAACAGUCUUUAAAGGAGAACCCAAGCCUCCCCCCUCCGCGCUAUCUGAAUAACUGCUACGCUCCAGACAAGACAAGACAGAGGACCUUUGUGAUUGGUGAUGACUUGGACAGUACAUGCACCAGCAAGCGCAGCAGCAUUUGUUCAGUGGCCACUGAACCGGAAACUAUUUCAGUUCCGGAGAAGUCCUCCAAAGACAGACAAAGGUUCAGUAUUAGCUCAACCAGGUCCGAGAGCCCCGAACCACCAAACCAACAAGCCUCUGUUAGCACACCAGUCAACCCUUUACCCAAACCCAAACGCACUUUCGAAUACGACGCCAAACGAGACCAGAGGGGCGUUUCGCCAGCCAAUGGCUUACCUCCUGAAAGAUCCUCUGACUCUCCGCCACCUCUGCCCUCAACCCCUGCCCCCAGCUUGACAGAAACAUCCAAGAGAGAAGAGAGCACCCCUAUGAGAAUCCAGGACAGGGAGUCGUGUGAAUCGGAGGAUGCCGCCAGCUUGCCGUCUUCGUAUCCAUCUUCUCCAACAGAGAAUGGUGCCCCGAGCACAGAUGCACCGAGUCGACCCACUUCCAAAAGCACUUUAGAGGAGAAUGCCUAUGAGGACAUUGUUGAAAAAGAGAAUCCCUACGAGGAUGUCGACCUGAGGAGGAAGAAUCUGGGUCGGAAGUCCGGCCUGUUGGAAAGCAAGCGAAGCUGGAAGUCCAUGGACAGGAAAACGAACUCUCCCCCUCAGCUGCCUUCUACUCCUAGUAGCCAAUCACUUCGCCUCGCUGGUCCAUGUGACAGGAAGAGCCACAGAAAGUCCCAAUUAACCAAGCGCCAUAGCCACAAUGAAAUGCUGCUCCUUCCCCAAAUCGGUGGAUCAACAUCCCCCUGCGGAUUAUUGGAUGAUGGCCGCUGCAGCGCCAGUGAUUCGUUGUCCUCACACAGGCACUGGAGGAUCCCCAAGCUGGUUCAGAGGAUCAACUCCAUUUACUGCACUAAACGUGGGAAGAAGAGGCUAAAGAAGCUGUCCCUGUCCAAUGUUGAGACAGCUUCUCUCAGAGAUGACAACAGUGAGAGUGAGAGUGAUUCUGAUGACAGAUUCAAAGCUCACACCCAGAGGUUACUGAAGCUUCAGUCCAUCCUGCGGCGAGCCCCCAGCUAUCGCACACUAGAGCUGGAACUCAUUGAGUGGCAGGAGAGAGAGCUCUUUGAAUACUUUGUGGUGGUUUCCAUGAAAAAGAAACCCAGCAAGAACUCCUAUAUUCCCGAGGUCACCUACCAGUUCCCAAAGCUGGAAAGGCCCACCAAGCAGAUGAGAGAGGCAGAACAGAGACUCAAAGCCAUUCCACAGUUCUGUUUCCCCGAUGCAAAAGAUUGGAGUCCUGUUUCAGAAUACGCCAGUGAGACCUUCUCAUUCAUGUUGACCGGGGAGGAUGGCAGCAGGAGGUUUGGGUACUGCAGGCGCCUCCUGCCGACUGGAAAAGGACCUCGGCUUCCAGAGGUGUACUGUGUCAUCAGCAGGCUGGGCUGUUUUGACUUAUUCUCCACAAUUCUGGAUGAGGUGGAGAGGCGAAGGGGUAUCUCGGCGGCACUGGUCUAUCCCUUCAUGAGGAGUCUGAUGGAGUCUCCCUUUCCUGCGCCAGGAAAGAUCAUCAAAGUCAAGACUUUCCUGCCAGGUGCAGGGAAUGAGGUCAUUGAGUUGAGGCGGCCCACAGACUCCAGACUGGAACACGUGGACUUUGACAGUCUGUUCAGCUGCCUGGGUGUCCGACAGGUGAUACGCGUCUUUGCCUCUCUGCUGCUCGAGCGCAGAGUCAUCUUUGUGGCCGAUAAACUCAGCACACUAUCCAGCUGUAUGCAUGCUGUGGUGGCACUGCUCUACCCCUUCUCCUGGCAGCACACCUUCAUCCCCGUUUUGCCAGGCUCCAUGUUGGACAUCGUCUGUUGCCCCACCCCCUUCCUGGUGGGGCUGCUGUCCAGCUCAUUGCCCAAACUUAAAGAGCUUCCUGUUGAAGAAGCUUUGAUGGUUGACCUGGGAACUGACCGCUUCAUUCGACAGAUGGAUGAUGAAGCCUCAUUGUUGCCGCGGAAACUUCAAGCAGCUCUUGAGCAAGCACUGGAGCAGAGAAAUGACAUCAUUAACCAGGACUCUGACAGUGAAUCAGACGAUGAGUACAAUUCGUUGAACAGUCUCGUGUCAGAAGCCUUUAUCCGCUUCUUCCUGGAGACGAUCGGACAUUACUCUCUGUUCAUCACUCAGAAUGAACGGGGAGAGCGUGUCUUCCAAAGAGAGCCCUUCCGCAAGUCUGUGGCUUCAAAGAGCAUCCGUCGUUUCCUGGGAGUUUUCAUGGAGUCGCAAAUGUUUGCGGGGUUCAUUCAAGAUCGGGAGCUGAGGAAAACCCGGGCUAAAGGCCUGUUUGAGCAAAGGGUGGAACAAUAUCUGGAGGAGCUGCCAGACACAGAGCAAAGCGGAGUGAACAAGUUCCUUAAAGGCCUUGGAAACAAAAUGAAGUUUCUCCACAAGAAGAGCUAAGAAGACAGAUUAAGACCCAUGAGUUUGUCUUUCAAGAGGAUUCUCCAACUUUUGCAUUUUGUUGCUUUUUUAAAAAGUUUUAUUAAGCAAUGUACAUAUUGUUUCACUGUAAGCUGUGAUAAUCUUCAGUGUAUGUUUAUAGUACCUUGUGAGACAGCUUUAGCAGGACGGUACACGGUGAGUGAAUCACAGAGUAACCACUGAUGUCAGAGCGUGCUUGUUAAGAAUGUUGUCGGCAUGCAUGGGUGUACAUGAGUGGAUAUGAGCGUAGAUGUACAGUUUGUAUGUAUUUUAAAAAAAAGAAACCCUGUUUUUUUUCUCUGUUUAAUAAUUGUAUUCAAUAACUGCACAAGCAUCCAGAUAAUGAAGAACAACUAUUUCUACUCUCUAUGGUCUCCUGCAUCUGUUAUUAAAUCAUUCAUUUGGUUUGCAUA